AAGAACAUGCUCAGAAGAAAACAAAAGAUGGUGGAUGGGGUGAGGGAAGAGAGAGGGAAGUAGGACUUGGUGGUAGUGUUGUCUUCACUGUUUGUAUUGUACAUGUGAUGACUGAAGAGAUAGUUUUGUUUUUUCCUUUUUUCUUUUUAAGUCUUUUUUAUAUGAGAAUUGGGAAAAGCAAAGGCAAUAGUACUAGUAUAUAGAAGUACAGAAGUAGUCUUCAGGUGGGAGCAAAAAAAAAAAAAAAAAAAAAAGCAGCACAAGAUAGCAUCAAACCAAGAGCCAAAAGCUAAGCAGAUGUUUGUAUCAGUAUGCCUGCAAAUGGAUCCAUCUUUCUCAAGUAAAAGGUAACUCCAGUCUAGAGAGCUAAAGUGUAUUACAGUACCAUAGAGGUAUUCCGUAUAUUUGGUGCAAAGCUUCUAGAGCACCAGUUUUGAAGAAGAUGCUAAGUUUCUCGAAGAAAGGUUGCCCUGGAAAAGAUGGUCAAUCUUUUGCUCCUCUGUUCAUGAGUUGCUCAUCUAUGUGGAACUCCAGUGACCAACCAGAACAUGCUCCCUCUAAGAGUGUGCUGACUGGAGUGGAUUCUGCAUUGGAACAUCACUUCGAUAUCAAGAAAUCAGAAUCCCAGUUCCAAGAUCAGGAUUCAACUUCUACUCUGUCAACUGGUCAAUCUAAUCAUGCGGAGACCGCAAUGGCAAAAAGCAAUACUGUUCUGCAAAAUGUUGCAGCUCAUCCAGGUUGGGGUGGAAUAUAUGAGGUGCAAGCAGAGAGUGGAAAAAAAGCAUCCUUAUCAGGCGAAAGGGAAACCAACACUCUUCCUCAGCCGCAAGUGCAUCAUAAUCAUCCAACGGCUUGCCUAUCCUACCCUUGGGCUGACACUUACUUUGGAAGGCUCGUUACUACUUAUGGAUCAAAUGCCAUCAUUUAUCCUCAAAUGGUGGGUAUCACCUCUACAAGAGUUGCACUUCCUCUUGAAUGCACAGAGAGUUUGCCCAUUUACGUGAAUGCGAAACAAUACAGUGCUAUCCUCAAAAGGCGACAGGUCCGUGCCAAGCUAGAGGCUCAGAAUAAGCUUGUCAAAGACAGAAAGCCCUAUCUUCACGAGUCUCGACAUCGUCACGCAAUGAAGAGAGCUAGGGGUUCUGGAGGGCGCUUUUUGAACACAAAGAAUAUGCAGCAAUCCAAGCCUUCAUCUCCAAAGUACGAUAGAAAUAUCUUUAAACGACAGGGAGGUGGCAACUUAUGUAGUUCGAUGGUUCAGCACUCAGAGAGUGGUAGUUGGGGGACUCCCACCCAAUCUGGUUCUGAUGUGACAAGCAUCUUCAGUGGCGAUGACAUGUUCCAGCAGCCAGAGUUCCGAGUCUCUGGCUUCUCUUUUCACAUGGGUCCUACCAUGCAGGAAGCUGAAGAUUUCAUGCAUGUUGGAACCUGACAGCAGGCUUGUGUUAUCCAUGGUGGCGGUGCCAACACAGAAUGCAUUCUUAUUGGUGCACACAAAUGGAUAAUCGGCAGUUCAUCCUUGGCUAUGUUACUCUUUCCUUUUCCAGAAUUGAAAUCAUCAACAGCACUUUUUCCUAAGCUUUGGUUGUGGUGCGGUAUAUGGUUUGUGGUUAAUGAUAAAUAGAGCGUAAGUUGGUCCUGCAUGUCAUCAAGAAGGGCAAGAAAAUUAUAUUGUUCUUAAUCAGAAAUAGCGGAGAAUAAGGCUGUUAUCUCCUUUUCUUGGUCGAGCCAUGUGUGGAUCAUCCCGCACUUUUAAGUUUGUACUUGUUACUGUUAUUUGCAUUUGUGGAUUUCACUUUACUGUGCUUUGUAUUGUUCUCAUUGUUAAUACUUUUAACUUGGGCUUUGUGCAACAAGAUGAACUUAUUGAACCAUUUUCAUGCUUAAUAUAUCUUCUGUGGUUGUGAAA